AUGGUUGAUGACCAAGUAAACCUCAACAGGGGAAGGUUAGAACCAAUCGUGGGAGGAGUCAUAUAUUUCGGAAAACAAAAUGUUUCUUUAAGAGGUCAUAGAGAUGACUCCCAGCAUUAUGAUCAAGAGGAUAUUAAUCCUGGCAACUUGCAAGAACUUUUAAAAUACUUGGUUCGCUAUGGCAAAAAUUCUCUUUUUGAGGAUCACAUGCUCAAUGCUCCUAAAUCAGCCACUUACCGUUCCAAAACCAUUCAAAAUGAGCUCAUUUCUAUUUGCGAAGGCUAUAUUCUAGAGAAAUUGACAGACGAAAUUAAGGCUUCCAGAUACUUCUCUGUAUUGGCAGACGAGGCUACAGACACAAGUAACCGGGAACAAAUGGCUCUUGUAAUACGGUUUGUUGACAGUAAGUCUGAGAUUCGUGAGGUUUUUGUCGGUUUUUUUGAAUGCAACGAAGGAAUUUCUGGAGAAGCCAUUUCGAAGAAAAUUCUUGAAGGUGUUGAAAAACUGUCCCUAGAUAUGCGAUUUUGUCGGGGGCAGGGGUACGAUGGGGCCGGCAAUAUGGCAGGCAAAUGUUCUGGGGCAGCUGCCAGAAUUCAACGCAUGUAUCCGGAAGCACCAUAUGUUCAUUGUGGUGCCCAUAUUUUAAAUCUCUGUGUGGCUAAGGCAUGUUCCAUUCAGGUUGUUAGCAAUAUGAUGGGACAAGUUCGUGUAGUAUCGGAGUUUUUUAACAACAGCCCGAAGCGUUUUUCUCAUUUGGAGGGUAAAAUAAAGGAGUUGUCCCCAACUGCUCGACACACUCACCUAAUUGAUGUGUGUAGAACAAGAUGGUUAGCACGAAUCGACGGUCUAGAUAUAUUUCACGAAAUUUUUAUGGCGAUUGUUCUUUGUUUGGAGGCCAUGAGUUUCAACGACAAUAGUUCUUGGAAUGCUGAUACAGUACGCGACGCCGGCAGUCUUUUCCUUUCAAUUACUUCAUUUCAAUUCGUUAUUUGUCUGGUCGUCGUCUCUCGCUGCUUAGAGGUUACUAGGCCUCUAACUAAGCAGCUUCAAUCUAUUUCGUUGGAUGCUCUUGCGACCAAUUCCAAAGUAGCUCUGCUUAACGCUUCGUUGCAGCGUUUGAGAAAUGAGAAAAGUUUUUGUCACCAGCAGUGGUUUAGCGAAGCAGAAGAGUUAGCUCGCUCUGUUGGUGUUGAGCCUGCCCGACCUCGGACAGUUCCAAAACAGGCUAAUCGUGAGAAUGUACCAGCCGAGAGUAAAGAAGCGCUCAACAAACUUCUUUGUGCUGUUGCAUGCUCCAAGUGUUUUGUUGCUGGACAGGUAUCCUUGGAAGUUGUUGAGGGAAGUUCGUUGGGCCUAUCAGUGCGAGCGAUGUUGGUUUGCCAGUCCUGUCAAGAAACAUUAAUGGAAGACUAUUUAUGCCAGCGUGUUGGUGGAUCAAGACAAUCUGAAACUCCUUUCGAAGUCAAUCUUUGA